AAUCAAUAACAAUGAAACUGUCCAGGGAGAUACAUUGGAUAUUUGUCUGUGGAGUCAAUUGAUUUAAACCGGAAGAUCCAUGCUAUACCAGGUGCCAUCAUAUGCAACGAAGAAUAAAUUCUCAAGUAACAAGACUUGGGUUCAGAAAACACUCCACAGAAGAUGGGAGAAAGGAAGUAGGAGGGAGGAAAUGAAGUAGAAGAGUGUGUGGAAGAAUCCGGACGGGUAGAAUUGGAACAGCACAACCAGCACUGAAAACAGAAGGGAGAGCAUGCGAGCGAGCGUCGGCCUUUGCGGAGUCUGAGCCUAUGUGGAUUUAGAGGAGUUAGUAAGGGUGAGGAGAAAGUGGUGAAUUGUGGGACCUGGUGGCCCUUCUGUAAAACCACCAAAGGUCAGAGAAUUGCAUCCUGCGAACGGCCCCUCGACCCUGCCUGUGUUUGUUUUAUUCAUGAAAAGUCUCAUCUGGGCACCACCCUCACAGCAGAAUUAUGGCCGCAUCCUGUGCUCUCCACGCUCCUGUUAGCUUCAUUGUCCCUCUACACAGUCAGAUGGGGAGGACGCCAGCAUAAUUCCCAUUUACUGUGUCUACCGUUUGUGGGACUGGAGACAGAGUACAUCCGGUGGUGCUCUACCCACCCAGCUGCUCCCCUGGCUCCCGGUCCAUUUUACUUUUCAUUGAGGAAUAUUUCUAUUAAUAUUUCUAUUUAUUAAUAUUUUAGACUAUCCUAUCUUAUCUCAUGUGUGUGAUUGUUUUGCCUGAACAUAUGUAAGUGGACGCCAUGGGUGCCCGGUGCCCACAGAGACCAGAAGAAAGUGUCAGAUUGCCAGAGCUGGUUUUACAGGAGACCGUGAGCCACCAGGUCCUGGGAACCAAACCAGGGGACUCUGGAAGACCAACGAGUGUGCUUCAGUACUGUGUCUCCUGCCUGUAGCUCUCACUUUGAAAGGUGAAGAAACAGAAAAACACCAAGCGAAAUUUGCCUGAGAUCGCGUGUCCCUUUCCGUAUAAGCGAAUUGGGGCCCUGAGGGGAGACGUGAUUUACCUACGACCACACCACCUGCAGGAGGCAGAGCAGGGAUACGAACCAAAAUAUCAUAAUGGAUAGGAAAGCUGCGUCGUUUUAAAGAUUAGACUUGGCAUCUUCCUGUACCCCAAAAAUCAGCAGCCACACUCCCUGAAAGACGUGGUUUGUCUCUGCAGCGGUUCCCGGCAACACAGCCCCCGCAGCUUUCCUCCCAAGGAGUCCUGGAAGGCUGAGUAGCAUGCAUCCUAGGCCUUUUCUAGCCCUGCGGUCUCCAUGGCAACUCCUAGGCAUCCCUGCUGAAACAUACAAGCAGCCUCCUCAGAUGAACGCCCACGGCUGUGUGUUCUCGUACAAUUUCACUUAGGAAAACAGGCCGCUGUUGAGAGCUGUCUGCUGGUUCUGCACAAUGGAGCUGUUAGGGGCUCGGUGGACCAGGGCUUCUGUCCGCCGAUGCCUUGUGUCUUGACGGCCUCACAGCGAUUCCCAGGAGAGGACUGACACCCAUCUCAUGUGCCAGUAACUCAGCCCACGCUGCGUGUAAACCCCCCACCCCCGAGCAAGGAGCACAGGAUGGGGCUUUGGACAUGACAAGAGGAUCUCAGUGCCCGCUCCCCACAGAAGGCUCCGUCUUGGGACCGCAGCUUCUAGACUGUACCAGAAUGAACGAGAACCAGAGUACUAAUGAGAAUGGUGCUGGCCACUUGUACUCGGAGAGCCCGUCAGAGCUCAGAUAUUUGUCGUGUCCCCUUGUCAGGGAGUGUCUCACACAACCAUCGUCUGAACACACUUCAUCCUCCGAGAGUACUGUGACGUCAAGUGAUUCUGGAUCAGACACUUUGCACAUGGCUUCCGGUGACCUUGACUGCAAACCUCUCUGUGAGAAGGAGGAGGAAGCCAGAGUGGCCUCCGCCGUGCCAGGAACCGACCCAGCUCAGGACAACAAGACCACUGCUUGUGGAGACUCUGCUAGUGUGGUCAAGGCUGCACCACAGCAGGAAGCAGGGGAGGAACUUAGAGCCGUGGAAGACAGAGGAGGGAAGGACAGUGCCACAGGAGAAACUGAGGUUUCCACUCCUCCCAAAGCAUCCAUGAAGCUCGUUAACUUUCAGCAGAGUGAACCCACUUCUGCUAAUGAGAAGGAAGUGGAGGCAGAAUUCCUCCGGUUAUCUUUGGGACUUAAAUGUGACUGGUUUACAUUGGAGAAGAGGGUGAAGCUUGAAGAGAGGUCCCGGGACCUGGCAGAGGAAAACUUGAAGAAAGAAAUCACAAACUGUUUAAAGCUUUUAGAGUCGCUGACACCCCUGUGUGAAGAGGACAACCAGGCUCAGGAAAUCAUCAAGAAGCUGGAGAAGAGUAUAGCGUUCCUCAGCCAGUGCUCGACCCGUGUGGCCAGCAGGGCUGAGAUGCUGGGGGCCAUCAACCAGGAAAGUCGGGUGAGUAGAGCGGUGGAGGUGAUGAUCCAGCACGUAGAGAACCUGAAGAGGAUGUACGCCAAAGAACACGCCGAGCUGGAGGAGCUGAAGCAGGCACUGCUGCAGAACGACAGGUCUUUUAACUCUCUGCAGGAUGAAGAUGACUGUCAGAUUAAAAAGCGUUCAUCUUCUCUAAAUUCCAAGCCAUCUUCUCUUCGAAGAGUGACCAUUGCCUCUUUACCCAGGAAUCUUGGAAAUGUGGGGAUGAAGGUGUCAGGCCUGGAAAAUGACAGAUUCAGCCGGCGAUCGAGCAGCUGGAGAAUCCUGGGGACAAAGCAGGGUGAGCACCGCCCCUCGUUACACCGAUUCAUCAGCUCCUAUUCCUGGGCCGAUGCGGAGGAGAAGUGUGACGUCAUCAAAACCAGAGACGCCCCGGAGCCCCCAGGAGAGGAGGCGGCAGAGAGGACCAGGAAGCCUAGCCUUUCUGAGAGGAGAGGCAGCCUCUCGGCCUGGGACAGCAGCACAAUCUACAGCUCAGUGGCCUCCUGGGUCACUCACCUGCGGGCGUCCUUCAGAAGGGCCAACAGAGCGCUGUGGCUCUCUGGGCUCUUCCUCGUACUGUUCGCCGGGUUGAUGAGCGUCCUCGCGGGUCAGCUCUUCCAGUCCGCCGUGGAGGCCGCGCCCACGCAGGAAGGGGACUCCUGGAUGUCUCUGGAACACAUCUUCUGGCCAUUGACCAGACUUGGGCACGAUGGACCGCCACCAGUGUGACUGCCACACAGCUCAGUGUCCCCUUGGAUUUUAACAUCUCCCUCUGAGAUUUGAAAUUAGUAACUUUUUAGUAACUACAGUGCAGGGCUAGGGUCCUUGGCAGCUGAGAUAUUUUAAUUCCCCAACAAAAGCACAGGGAAGGAACUUCGGGAAGGAGCCCCCCCCCAGGGUAUUUUAAUGAGCUUUCUGAGUGAGAGACAUAAGACUUUAUUGAAAUGUAUCAAAUAAAGGCCACUCGGAUCUUUGUGCAGUACAGCUGGAA